GGUAAAAUGGGUUCACAGAUAAAUGAAGCGAAAGAAGAAAGAACAAUAUUUUCCAGAAGUCCUGGGGGAAAACAUACAGAGGUAACUGUGCUGCAUCGAAUACACAAUGCAGCAGACGAGAAGGUGCCCGCGGUUGUAACCUCCUCGCGCGAAAGGGCCUGGUCGGACGGAAACGCUCCGCCGGCUUUAUUGUCGGUUCGUUAUGUGGCGGAGCCCGGCAGUUUAACGUGCCUCUCGCCCUCAGCGCUUCGGAAGCCGGCAGCCGCGUCGGGACUCCUCGGCGCGCCGGAGGAAGGAUAUCUUGUUUGGAGG